GCCGUUCGGUUCACAUCACACACACCUCCCGGCGAACCGAAAGCGCGUGAAACAACAGAUGAUCCGCGCUCUCCUUCAUCCCCGCUGAUAGAAUGACGCGUGACGCCCGCGUCCUGACCGCGGGUGUGUUUUUCGGUGUCUGCGUUCAUCUCCUCUCCGUCUCCUCCGCUGCCAACUUCUCCAAACAUCUGUGAACGGGCUAAUCUGAAGCUCUUGGGCUAUUAUUGCGCACUGAUAUUGAUUUAUAGCUGUUACAGUUACCCGAGCCUCGGGCGCGCACGCACUCACAGGACUCGGAUCUGAUAGAAGUGGCACAUGCGUUCAUAUCGGAUGUGUGUUAGGAUGAAAACAUAAACACGGACUCUGUGUUUCUCUUGUGUGCUUUUCGCGUGUUUUCUGCUGCGCAGUCCAGCAUUAUUGAGCGCAGUGCGCACGGCGCUUUUGGACACUUGGAUCAGCUGUGUUCACAGAUGCGAAUGAAAGUAGACUGAAGAAAGAGGAAUUUACGUGUCCGACUGUAGAGAUGCUGCAAGUGGAAAUGAUGGUGUUCGUGGGUGUGAUUCUGUGGAUGUGUGUAUUUAGUCAAGAGGCCAGCUCGAAGGUGAUGGCUGAUCGAUACGCGGUCUACUGGAACCGAACCAACCCGAGGUUUCAGCGUGGAGACUAUCACAUCGACGUCUGUAUAAAUGACUAUCUGGACGUGUUCUGCCCGCACUACGAGGACUCUGUGCCGGAGGAGAGGACGGAGCGUUACGUGCUCUACAUGGUGAACUAUGACGGUUACAGCACGUGUGAUCACACGGCCAAAGGUUUCAAGCGCUGGGAGUGUAACCGACCGCACUCGCCCAACGGUCCGCUCAAGUUCUCCGAGAAGUUUCAGCUCUUCACGCCGUUCUCUCUGGGCUUCGAGUUUCGACCGGGCCGCGAGUAUUAUUACAUAUCGUCUAUGAUCACAGAGACGGGCAGAAGAUCGUGUCUCAAGCUGAAAGUUUUCGUGAGACCACCAAAUGGCUGCGAGAAAACCAUAGGCGUUCAUGACCGUGUUUUUGUCGAUAAUGACAGAGUAGACAAUGCAUUAGAACCAAGAGAUGACACGAGUCAUGAAGCAGAACCCUCUCGGAGCGACGUGUCUGGUUCUGAACGGCCGGUUGUACCUGCACUGCCUCCGCUGGCUCUCCUGCUGCUCUGCGUCUCUGUGUUUCUCACCUCAUAGCCCCUCACCUGAGCCCCCCCACACCCCCCUCCCCUGAACGUCCAGGUCCGAACACGAGCGGAGAGUCGAGAGGGCUUUGAGAUUUCCCAGGAACGCUUCAAUUACGCUUUUAUUUUGAUUUGCAAAUAUUGAUUAGAGAAAUGUUGAUUAAGAGAAGAAAUGCAGAUCACUGUUUAACCGAUCGACUGUGACGGUGAAUGGUGAUUUGACGGCUGGGAGGAGUGGGUGGAGUCUUAGAUUUAGAGAGUGUUUUACUUGGGUCCGUCGGGAGCGAGUCGCUCCUUUUGUUUGGUAAUUAGCGCAAGUGUUGAACGUGCGGAGAGAACGCUUUCUCGUGAUGCUUUAUAGGCGAGGGUCACAUAGAACAAGUCAAAGCGUAACUGUGGCUCACAUCUCUGCUGUUAGAGGUAAAUAUACAAAGACUUCUUGCCUUUAAAAACGUCGUCUGCCUUCUCUUAACAAACUGCAGAUUUCAUCCGGAGGUGUCGUCUGUUCAACAUCUGCAAUCCUUCACAACAGACGACGGUGUACGAGUUGAUCUGUCAUUAAAUUGUGAAUUCAGAGGAACGUUCUGUUUCUUCACGACUGACUAAAAACAUCAAUUUUGUACUUUGUAAAAUAAUCUCUGCGACAUAAAUAUCUAUAUUUUUCCUAUGACCUUUUAUCAAUGGAUGUGAGAUAUCAACCUUACGGAUCAUGGGAAUGCCUCUCAUGACUCUUUCGAAAUCUGAUAGGAACCAAAUAUUAAAAUGGGCUCCGCGUUUCUAGGGGUGGGAAAAAGAAGUUCAUCUGAAGAAGCCUUAUUCUGUACACGAUACCAACAUCCCUAAAAGUGCUUCGAAUCAUGACUGCACGUGUUUGUUCUGUGUACAAAUAGCUGUCGAUCAGAGCAGUUCUGACUGGUUUAAGAUGCUGAACAGUACAUUAGCACUCGACUCUGAGCCGCCAGCUCCACAUCAACAGCCUUACCAAUGCAAAGAGUUCACCAGACCUGUUGAGAACAUUUCACCUCCAAAUAACCAACGGAAUUUAUGUUUUGCUUAAAGAAUGAUGCGACUAAAUACUGUAGUAUACUUAAGGAUAGUAAACUGAGGUAAACACCGUAGUGUUUUUUAACCUUAGUAUAGUACAAAAUGAAGUAUACUACAGUAUUUACAACGGUUUAUAAAUUCACUAUAGUACUGUAGUAUACAUGAACAAAAAGUAACAAUUACUAUGAGAUAAUACAAUAUACUCUUAUUAGCUUCAGUUUACUAUAGUAAAUAAUGAAGUAUACUACAGUAUUUUUUCAUGUGGCUGUUUUUUAGGAUCAUGCAGGUUUUGUGCAUUGUAAUGGAAAAUACAAAGUACAACUUGUUACGUUUUUUAAUGUCAAGUACUUUGUGUGCCAUUUUUUGUGUUACAGAGUCACAAUAGAAAUGUCAUAAAAUAGGCUUCGUUAUUUAACGCAAAACGUACAUUUGUCUUUUGUUUGUGGGGUGUCACAGUUCUUGUGACGUUGAAUAGAUUGAAACUCUUGCGCGCGUGUUUCCUCUUAUGGACAACAGACACGGACAGAUAUUUGUGCUUUUAAAACAGCAGGUGAAGGAGAUUUCGCCCCCCCCAAAAAUAAAAGAGUUUCACAUUGAGAGAAUAAAGAACAGCGUACGUGUCAGAUUGGAUAAUGGUUUCUGCCUUCUUUAAUGGUCUGUAGAUCUGUUUUGCGUUCUGUUUGUUUUGGUUCGAGCGGCUCGACUUUGAAACAGCAGAACUGAAAGAGUUCAACCACAUGUGCUGCGUUUUCAUGGUUUACAGUCGAAACGACGAGAACACUUUUUUCAGAGAAUCAGCUCGAGUCGUAUUUCUAUCAUUUGUAUUGCCACGCUUCGGACACGCUCUGAACUGAGAAACAAGAAUCAGCUGAUUGAAUGGAUACUGUGUAUCCUUAGCACCUGAAAACAAAACAUGAUCGUGUUAGAAUACUUUCUGAAGGACAAGGACAUCUAGACACUUCAUUAUUCUUAUUAUUGUUAUUCAACACUAUUGUCAUUGUUAUUAUGGAUAUCACAUUAAAUGUUCUGAUGAAAAUGUGUUGUACAUAAUGUUUGAUAGUAAGGUAUUCAUUUGAUUCAUGUCUUUUCAAAAAGAGUGAGAAAACUUUGACGCUUUCUACAGCCAAUAAGAGGCCACCUGUGAACUGUGGUUCCUCCAUUUCACAUACAGUAGUUAUGUCCCGUCAAUGGUGGAUCAGAAGAAGACUGACAGUGCGGUUUGAUGUUGGGUUUUUAAUGGAGAGAAGUGGCUGGUUUCAUAAAGAGGCAUGUGCAUGGACUUGAUUAUGAAUAACAUGUUAAAUAAAGCCUUCGUUUGACUGUUUUCACCUUCUUUUCUCGACAUGUUUGUGAAAGUUUAGAAUCUGUGUGUGUUUGAGCAUUUCACUGAAAUAAAACCAACGUCACGCGAGUUGUUUUGCACUUUUUGAAGGAGACUAGCAGCACUUCGUCGUGACCUUUCACUGCGGUGCAGAAACGUCUGAUGUUCUGAUUUCAGUCACAUUAGGAUUGAAUCUAAAAACGAAUCUGCUCGUGCUCACGAGAGUCCUCAAACAGACCAACUUCAUCGUGUCCAUCUCGGUCAACAGAUCGUGCAAAAUUCAGAUUUCAUUUCAUGUAUGCGAGUUUACGUUGUUAUUGCUCUUUCGUAGCUCACAAGAUUAGAUUUGAGUUCACAGUCGUGUUUCCAUUUAAGUAAUAAAUGAUCGAAAACAAAGAGAAUCAAAUGAGAGUGUAAUUGUCUGGAGGUGUAAAUGAAUGUAGAUUGUCGAGGUGAAAUCAUCUGGAUGUGAUGAGAAAUGUUUGAGUUGAUAUAGAGAUCUUUGAUCGCAGACGAGACCAAUCUGAGCUCAGUUUGACACAUUGUUGACGUCUCUUCUGAAAUUUGUUUGAUUUCAGUUUUAGUCUUAGCAGAAAUAUCCGAGACACAUGAGAAGUCUCCAUUUGAUCUCAUUAAUGUGUGUGAGAAAUAAAUGAGACAUGAACGAGAUUUCAUCUGUGAUUUUUCUGCAGGAUGUUAAAUUGGAACGUUAUGAAAUACUAAAUUGCAGUUUAAAGAAAUUAAAGUCACUACACAAUAUAAUUACAUUAUUUCUGUGUUUUCAGUUUUUUUAAUUUGUUAAAAAAACAACAAAAAUCUGGAUUUAAAUAUUCUUUACAUUAAGUUAUAUCAAGCCUGGUACUACAAAGUCUAUAAGUCUGUAUAGUGUGUGUAUGAUAAUGUUUAUUGAUAAUUCAUGAAAACAGACAUUAAAACUGUAUUUACAACAAUUCAAUUCUUUUUUUUCAUCUUCAUCCUGUUUGCUGAAGAUAAAUGGAAGUUUUUGAGUUGAUUCUGACUGAUGCUCAAUCUGAAACAUGCUGCAGUAAAUCUUGUGGUGUGGUUUAUUCACGUCUCAGUCUGUGUGUCAAACCCUCGCUGCCGUGUCUCAUGUUCAGUAGCAGCGUGUGAAGAAAUGAAACUCAAGCAUAAAGUGUGUGUGUGUGUGUGUGUGUGUGUGUGCGUGCGUGCGUGCGUGCGUGCGUGUGUGUUGAGUGAGAUCCCAGUCACCGCUCUACUUCGCAUGACACUGGUUUCACUGGUCUGAUUUUCUCUUUGGCAUCUCGGGGUGCUGGACUGUAUUUGAGUUUUCUCCCUACUGUACAAACAGGAACAAACUUUUUGAAAAAAAAAAUUAUAAAAUGUAAAAAAGGUCUGUAUUUGUAUAUACACGUGUCUGAGCAACUAGAAGUAACAACAAAUAAAAGAACGCAUUGCUUGGCUAUUUUAUUGUGUUCUUU